GCGCUUGGUGUCUCCGCAUGUGACGUAAUUACUGCUUGUGAGGGAGUGCGAGCUCGAUAGGACUCGUAUGGGUACGGAAAGUCAGAGCAGGGGAUUUGUGGAUCACUUGUUCAACUAGUGAACAAUAUAUUGUCUGAGAUCACGAUAACAUAGAAAUGUCGGGGGAUAACGAAGAAACACAGACGACCGAGAACACACCAGUGGACGAGAAGCAGGUUCAGGACAAGGUGAUCAGUCCUGAGAAGUCAGAGGAGGCUAAACUGAAGGCCAGAUACCCAAAUUUAGGAAAUAAACCUGGGGGCUCUGACCUGCUUCGCAAACGGCUCCAGAAAGGGCAAAAGUACUUUGACUCUGGAGACUACAACAUGGCUAAAGCCAAGAUAAAGAACAAGCAGUUGCCGACAGCUGCGCCGGAGAAGACGGAGAUCACAGGGGACCACAUCCCCACCCCCCAGGACCUGCCCCAGAGGAAACCUUCUCUGGUGGCCAGUAAACUUGCAGGCUGAUGCACACACAGCCCCUGCAGCACCUCCCUGCUCUGACCCUCUCCACUCACGUCUCAGAGCUGUAACAUUACCUCUCCCACCCCUCACAGUACCUGUCCCCUGUCUAUGCCCCCUCCCCACCAGCCUGGACUCCACCCAAAAGGAACCCACACCUAGCGAACUGGCUAGCUGAUACCUUCAAAUCCUGUUUUAAUUUUGUUUUCAUGCCAUCUGGCCCUGUCUACUGCCUCCUAUCCUUGUUUCCCCCACUACUUCUCCAAACUGACUGCCCUUCUGUUAUUGUCUUCUUACUUUUCCAUGUUCCUUUUUAUUUUCUCUUUACUUCAAUGUAAGAUACGCUGAAAGACAGGACAUCCAAGUGUGAGUGUGAGGAGCGAUUUGUGACACCUUUCUACGACUGAUGGAUGACUGAUACCACAGUUUUUACUGGCUGAAGAGAGGGCCGAGCAGCCCUUACAUGUUUAGAGGGCUUUAGUAUGGUCAUCAAGAUCCAUCAGUUUGGAAGUGUGUAUAUAAAUAUAUAUAUAUAUAUAUUUCCUUUUGUUCGGCACAGGGGCAGAAGUCGGUCCUUUUUAGAAUGUUUUAAAUCAGAUUUGUAUCAUUCACUGUAUGUCCUUAUUCUAAAUUAUGCUGUCAAUAUGCUUGUGAUUUACUGAAUAUAGUAAUCCAGAGGCCAAGCUCAGUUUUGUUUACACUUUGAUUGUGAGCCAUGGAAGGAAGCUGUACUGAAGGACCACACAACGAAUGCCAGAGUGUGAUAUAUAACUGCAUGUGUGUUGCAGGGCUCCGGAAGGCGAACCUCACUGAGCUCCAUUUUAAAUGUAUCAAGGUGCACUGAACACAGACAUUUACACAGAUGCUGAAAAGCUCAGGUGCAGCGUAUGCACUGGGUAACCAUGUAGAUAAUGCAUUCAAGACAUCUUGAAACACUGAAGAGUGAAAGAGGAUGAGCCGUUGCUUCAGUUUGAACUGCAGUGUUGAAAGUUUGCACCGUAUUUGUGGUCUGCCAUUCAUUUCGGCAUCAGAUGAUGACACAGGAACAUAACCAUGCUAGCAGACGAGGUAGAGGAAUAUAUGAGACUUAAAAGAUACAUUUCUGUCAGUAAGGACCAGUCUAGUGUCCUGUAUGCUGCGUGAGUAGACUACAUUUAUGGUAAAAAACAAAAAUGUACUUGAAAAAGCUCUUGGCACUGGGAACAAAUAGUGUUAUGAAUUGUGUUCAGACUUGGGAAAAGCCUUCUAUACUCAUCAGUUGAAGUAGUUUAACUUAAAAAUGUCCUUGGCCCUGUAUAGUGUUUCUCCAGGGUCCUUAUUGACUGGAUGAAGUUAACCUGAGAUGUUUUAUAUCAAAGCUAGCACAACAUCAGUCUGAGCUGUGCAUGUGUAUGGCUGUCCUACUGUUACUCUGUGCCAUUUUGUUUUGUAAAUAAAAUAGUUUUGGACAAAUGUUUAA